AUGAAUAUAACAUCGGACAUCAAUUCAUCCUUAUCAUUUAUUCAUCAUCUAAACUCGACUCGAUAUACAAGUGAAUUCAUCAAUCCAACUACAACACCGAAUAGACUGUUUCGUUUAUUCAACACAUCGAAACUAUAUCCACUACAACGGAUAACAACUACGCCAUCGUCAUCUCUACUGAACAAAUACUUUCUGUUUAAAUCAGCAUUCAAUCGGAACAUGCGCAUUGCUGAAUUGUCUCUGUUGAGUCUAACACUGCCCUUGUAUGCAAUUGUGUUUACACUUUUUAUUGAAUUGACAGUACAGCGCGUUAGUAAGAAUACAGCUGAAUCAGGUGGUAAUUCACGUAGUCGAACACAACGUCGUCGACAACGUAUGCGCAGUCUUAUAUGGACAUCAAACUAUUUACUCGUUGAUUUUCUUGGUCUAAUCUACGAGUUAAUCUAUGUCAUUAUUCAUUUAACAGGUGAAUUAACACUCAAUUCGUUAGCUGGUCGUUUCUAUUGUCAAUUACAAGUCUAUCUCCCUUUAUAUUUAACUGUUCUUAUGGCUUAUAGCUUAACAGCAAUCUCGAUCUACCGCCGCCGACACUUUGCUAAUUUGAGUAGUCAAUCAACUCGUUCAACAGCCCGAAGUCUUUUCUUCGUGCUGGCACUUUGGAUUAUGCCAGUGAUCACUUCGAUCAUUCCAGCUUAUUUGUUGACACAAUUGAAUAUUCUACGAAUCACUCAACAUGAAAUCACCAAUGAAUGCCAAAUAUCGUACACAUAUGGAUCGACGGUUGUGGCGAUCUAUAUGUGUUAUCGACUUGGUAAUAUUUUCCUUCUUCCACUGUCGAUUUCAUUUGCUUGUUACUUAACUAUCUGCGUGGACUUGAUACGCAUGCAACGACGUUUUACUGGAGCAUUCGAGCGUCAUGUACAUAUUCGUAAAAACCUUAUUCUUCAAAUUCUCUUCCUCUUCCUUAACUUUGCCGUAUUCUGGUUACCAGCAGAGAUCAUCACACUCUAUACGAAAAGUCGUUUGCUGCGAGAUACCGUUCAAGUAACCAAAUCCCUGAAUAUUCUCCUUGAUCCGCUGAUCAUUACUGGUUUCGACACACGUUUCUCAUCAGCUGCACAACAUUUUCUCUCGAAAUGGCGUCUCGAUGAAUUUAUGUGCUUCUUCGGUGCGAAUCGACAAAAUCUAUCUAUGACGACAUCGAGUCAAUUGAUGACCAUACGUUCAGGUGCAACACUACAACGUUUGAAACUUCCACCAAACAAACGUGACACUCAACAAUUACAAGCGGUGACUUGGAAUCUUGCGGACGACGACGAUAUAACUGUUCUCGAGUCGAAUUCAAAUCACGUAUCGCAUGUUCAUGAUAAACAAUUGCGAGUUGCAAAACCAGUGGAUACUCGGGAUCGCCAAUAA